ACCCCCCACCCGGAGCAGCUGGGCCCCCAGACCGGCUCCUCGGACACGCUGGACCUGAUCAGCUCCAAGGAACUCGCCAGCCACAUCACGGACUACGACUGGAACCUGUUCAAGAGCAUCCACCAGUCCAUCACGGACCAGGAGCUUCAGGAGCUCUCGGAGAAGCUCCACGAGCUGGAUCACAACAAAGCCGGGCCCAGCGACAUCGCCCUCAACCCCCAGCACCUGGCGAGUCCCGACGAGACCGGCGACAAGCGGGACCGGUCCCCGCAGCCGCUCUACAAAUACGUGAACGAGGAGCUUUUCUCCAAACCCACCUACGCCAGCUUCAUUAAGCUGCUGGAUAAUUACCAGAGGGCCACGGGCAGGGAGGAGGAGGUGACGGCCGAGGAGCUGCGGGAGCAGGAUCGUUUCCUCGAGGAGGUGAUGAAAACGGAGCUGAUGGAGAAACUUUUUGGGUUCCUGCAGGGGAAAAAUCGUUUCAGCUCCCAGCAGGAAUUCCUGCAGGAUUUGAAGGAGAUUUGGUUCGGGCUCUACUCCCGAGGGGACGGAGAACGAGAUUCCAGCGGAUUUGAGCACGUGUUCUCAGGGGAGGUGAAAAAGGGAAAAGUCUCCGGAUUUCACAACUGGAUCCGUUUUUACCUCCUGGAAAAGCAGGGGCUCGUCAACUACUACAGCCACAACUUCAACGGGCCGUGGGACGCGUUCCCCGACGUGCUGGGGCUGCAGUUCAGCUGGGACGGGUUUUACAAAGAGCUCGGCUCGGCCUUCAUCGGCUCCAGCCCCGAGUUCGAGUUCGCUCUCUACUCCCUUUGCUUCCUGGCGCGGCCGGGCCGGGCAUGCCACCUGAGCCUGGGCGGGCACCCCCUGAGCAUCCAGACCUACCCCUGGACCAAAUCCACGACCAGCGGUGGCCACAGGUUCAUCGCCACCGCCUACGUGACGUCACCAUGA